AUGAACAUGGAGGCCACAUUGGAAUACAUCAGCGUCGGAUGCAAUAGGCUUACACAGGCACUAGCUUGGGGUGUCGACGGGCUCGCUGCAUUCGGAGCGCACCAUGCCGUAGCACUAUAUAACCCUAUGGACCCUGCAAGAAGAGGCGUUCGCUCGACUCUUCAGGGCCACACUGCCCGCGUCAACUGCGUUGCUUUCAUUAACAGGGGCCACGAACUCGAACAAAAGAACGUGGCGAUCGUCUCAGGAUCGGCGGACAAGACUGUCAGGAUUUGGAAGCGACAUGGAGACGACAAGUGGAUAUGCUCGGCCGUUUUGGAAGGGCAUACAGGAUCUGUCAUCACCAUUGGUGUCAUCAGAGCCAGAUCGAUCCAGGGCGAGAAGGACCUGCUGGCAACGGGGUCAGGCGAUGGCACAAUAAAGAUCUGGGAGCGCGUGGAAAUCGACAAUAGCAAGGACGAGGUCGCCUGUAUACAGACAAUACAGGUCGGGAAGAAAUAUGCUCAGUCAAUAGCUAUUUCUUAUUUCCCCAAUACCACAGUGCCGGUCAUGGCUGUGGGCAGCACUGACAACAGGAUUAGCAUUUACGCAUUUCAGGCGAAGCAGUUUGAUAAAGUCUUGUCUUUGCAGGGACAUGACAACUGGGUACGCUCAUUGGAUUUUGCUACAUUCACAAAGGAGGAUGGCGCCACGGACGAGUCAGACACAGGCCACCAAACCAGUAAGAACACAUCGCAUCAUCAUACAUUGCAGGACGGCGACUUGCUGCUUGCUUCUGGGUCCCAGGACAAAUACAUUCGUUUAUGGAGGAUAUCUCCCGUCGAUAAAUCCGAGGAAUCGCAGGACGAUACAGUCAAGGCGGGAUCUGAAGGCGCAUUGACCCAGGAUAUGCUAAAGAGCCUUGAGGAGAUGUCAAAGUCAGGAACACAGCUCAGUACAAAGGCACAUAUUAUCGACGUCGCUCUAGACUCGGCAGAAACGAAACGCUUCUCCGUCAUUUUUGAGGCAUUGUUACUGGGACAUGAGGAUUGGGUUUAUACUAUCAACUGGCAGCCCCCUAUGUUAUUGAACGGCAAGUAUUAUCAGCCUAUGAGUUUACUUUCAGCCUCUACCGACAAAAGUAUGAUGAUUUGGAAGCCGGACGAGUCGACAGGCGUGUGGAUCAACAGCACUCAGGUCGGUGAGGUUGGUGGCAAUACUAUUGGCUUCUAUGGAGGAUUGUUUGGACCAGAUGGACGAUGGAUUCUGGCAUACGGAUAUAAUGGCGCGUUCCAUAUCUGGAAGAACGAGGGCAACGAGACUACAGAUCGCUGGGUGCCGCAGGUCUCUGCAAGCGGACACUACGCCUCGGUUCAGGAUCUGACAUGGGACCCUACACAGUCAUACCUGGUCACCGUCUCGCUUGAUCAGACGGCACGCUUGUUCUCUCCCUGGAAGCACACAGAGGAGGUAUCAGGAGCAAAUGUCUCGACGUGGCACGAGAUCGCCAGACCCCAGAUUCAUGGUUACGAUGCCCAGUGCAUUGCUUUCUCCGAUAAGUGGACUUUUGUCAGUGGAUCGGACGAAAAGGUCCUCCGUGUUUUUGAUGCUCCACAGACAUUUGUUCGCUCGUUGGCGCACCUUACCGGAAAUGACGCCGCCCUUGCGGAGGUGAGCUCGCGUCCUGUUGGAGCGAAUCUGCCAGCAUUGGGCUUGUCGAACAAAGCUGUGUUUGAGAACGAUAUCGCAUCCAUGGUUGAGGCACAAGAAUCAGAGGACUAUUUGUCAGAUCAGGCGUUCGUUUCCACGGGCGCAACACCAACGUCGUUGAUCGAGACCAUGACACACCCGCCUUUUGAGGAGCAUCUGCUGCAGCAUACGCUCUGGCCUGAGGUCGAGAAACUGUUUGGACAUGGAUAUGAGCUCAUGUGCGUAGAUGCCUCCCAUGAUGGUAAAUGGGUUGCUUCAGCAUGUAAGGCGCAUACGCCCGAUCAGGCUGGUGUCCGAUUGUUUGAUGCGCAUUCAUGGAAGCAGACACCAGCGCCCUUGGUAUCGCAUACGUUGACGGUCACUAAGGUUAAGUUCUCGCACAGUGACAAGUACCUGUUGAGUAUCUCCAGAGAUCGUCUUUGGAGCGUAUAUGAGCGCGUCAAUGCUGCUAAUCCGUAUAGACUGAUAGUGAGUAACAAGGCCCAUGCUCGUAUUCUUUGGGAUUGCUCUUGGUCCCACGACGACACCCUCUUUGCAACGGGAUCGCGCGAUAAAACUGUCAAAAUUUGGAAGACAUCCAUAUGGACGAACAUGACGACCAUCAAACUGCCGGAGGCUGUCACUGCCGUGGAAUUCGCUCCCUCAAUGCCUGGACGUGAGGAGACACAGAAGGAGCAUGUGCUUGCAGUUGGACUGGAAGACGGCCGCAUAUUUCUGUUCAGAUGUUUGGCAGAGAAACCAGAAGAGUGGACCCUCUUGAGAGAGAUAGCACGCGAGUUCACGCACGCUGGCAUGGUGAAUGGAUUAGCCUGGAGACUGGCCAAGGACGAGAACGGCGCAUUGAGCAAAUUACAGCUUGCUAGUUGUGGAGUCGACCACUCUGUGCGACUCUUCAACGUUACCCUCCAAUAA